CUUAAGACACUCCGGGAGAGUAGCGCGCACCCUCCCAUUUUGGGCUCGCGCCGCUGCCGUUAAGGCGGGAACCGGCGUUAUCUCCACUCCAGCGCAAGCCACACCAACCACCGUGCGCGUGGGUCCGCAGGCUCGCGCUGGCGGCCUGCGAGAGCUCGCGCCGAGCCCGGACACUGCGCCUGCGCCGCGGCGGAGACUCGUCUCUACCGGGUCCGCUCCCCUCCGACACCUCGGCAACGCUGACUUCUCACCCCUUUGAGCCGCUUGACCAGGGCACUCUUCUGCCCGCUCUUGGCUAGGCCUCGCUGCUCCAGUGCGGCCUUCAGGUCGGUCACCCGCAGAGCCUGAAGAGGCUUCCCGUCCAGAGUCACCUCCUCCAGCUCCGCCAUCUUGCGUGAGGUACUCGGGUCCGUCCCGACGGCUUCGGGCAUCUUCGGAUGCCACUGGAAUCACCUUCCUCGUCAAUGCCACCAUCCUGCCCUUCCCUGUUCCCUUCAGUGCCAGAUGACACUGCCAGCUCCUCCCCACCUCCAGUGUCUUACAUCACCUCCCAGGAGAUGAAGUGUAUUCUCCACUGGUUUGCCGGCUGGUCAGGUCCCCAGCGGGAACGUUUCCUACAAGACCUGGUUGCUAAGGCGGUGCCUGGGAAGCUCCAGCCGCUGCUGGAUGGUCUGGGGCAGCUCAGUGUGUCUGGGACUAGCCGACCACCUUGCAUCUUUGAGUGUCAGCUACGUCUUUGGGAUCAGUGGUUUCGAGGUUGGGCCGAGCAGGAGCGCAAUGAAUUCGUCAGACAGCUGGAGGUCAGUGAACCAGACUUCGUGGCAAAGUUUUACCAAGCAGUGGCUGCCACUGCUGGGAAAGACUGAUAGGCAUUUAGAUGGAGAAGAUAACUACAUGUGAUCUAGCCAAAGACCAUGACUGUAGAGAAGAUUCGGUGCAGCUGCUGGGGUAGUGGUGUGCCUUUUCUCCCAGCACCUGGAGGCAGAGGCAGCCUGGUCUACAUAUCAAGUUCCAGGCCAGUCAGUGCUACAAAAUGAGACCCUACCUUAGGGGAGAAAAUUGCUUGAACUUUGUGAUGAGUGCCAGCACUGUUUUUAACUUUGUAAUAUGUCACCUGAACGCUGUGAAUGUGAUCCGUUUAAACAAAUCUGAUUAUGUCAGGCACCUGCUUUAUUUACAGGAGAUGUCUAAAUCUCAAGAAUUUAAUGACUUGUUACUGUAACUAAAAAGAACUUAUGUCUCAUCGCCAGGCAGUGGUGGUGUACUCCUUUAAUCCUAGCACUUGGGAGGUAGA